GAGGGGCAUUUAGGCGCACCCAAUCAAAACCGCUAAAAGCCUAAAACCCUGCAACUUUUCCUCUCUGUGGACGGAACUGCUUGCUAUUCCCAAAAAAAAAAAAAAUGGAAACCCUAGAAGACGAACAAUCGGAUGAUCGAUCGGCGCAGAAAGCCAAAAAUUCAUUCCCUGAGGAAAUAAUCGAAGAUAUCCUUUCCAGACUCCCCGUGAAAUCCAUCCUCCGAUUCAAAUCUGUCUCUAAACCAUGGCUAUCGCUCAUCUCCGCUCCAUCAUUCCACAACCUCCACUCCACCGUUGCCCCCCGUACCACCGCUUUCUUUUUUACCGCUCGCGAUUCAUCCACAGGCACACGAUACUUCUUCUCCGGUGCUAAUGACGGUGGAUCAGUAGCUAAUCUCAUGAAACUCGACAACACUGUCUUCGACGCAGCCCAUAACUUUGCCGAACAUUUGAAGGGGUUAGUAUGUUUUACUUCCCGGGAUAGUCUUUGUGGUAAACUGUAUGCUUUUGUUUUUAACCCUACCACACACAAGUUUUUCAAACUCCCUGACCCUCCUGUUCCCUUACGGAAUUACACUGAUGAAAACAAGGGUGAUUAUUACUUGUUUGGGUUCGAUGAAUUAAGUAAUGAACACAAAGUUUUGUACAUUGAUGUUGAAUCGAUUAAACCUACUACAAUUGAGAUUAUGAUUUUCUCCUUCUCAAAUUACUCAUGGAGAAAGAUCGAGGUCGAUCUUCCUCUUGGUAUCAGUGCCUGGCGUUGUUUCGUAUAGUGUUUGUGUCAAUAGCACCAUACAUCUGUUGCUUCGAAAGCCACUUCAAAUUUUGGCAUUCAAUUUAACAACAGAGAUGUUUUCCAUUAUUAACAUGCAUCCAGAGGCGGUAACGGAGUCCAUAUGUCCUGAUGCACAGUUCGUUAAAAUCAAUGGCUUAAUAGGUGUAGCUUGUUUUGAUACCUGGAUCGUGGACGGAAGAAACAAAAUGGACAUUUGGAUGUUGCAAGAUUAUCAGAAUCAAGUUUGGGUCAGAGAAACCAUUUGGUUAGCUUCCAAGUCUUGGAUCAGAUAUGGGGAAGGUGACCCUUACCCAUCUGAUUCUAUCAAUAUGGACGAGAUUAUCUUUAGCCCAAGGGUGUUGUCUGAGAAUUUGAUCAGCGUACCCAUCUAUAACAUGAAGGCUAGAUGUUUUAAAUCAAUUGAACUCACUCUUGGUCAUCGAUUUCUAUCCCCAAAAUCGGUGAGGGUGGAGGAAAUCAAGUGUUAUGUUGAAAGCCUCAUUCCCUUACAGAACUAGCAUGCAUUCAUUUCUGGAAUUCAGGUUUACAUUUUGUUGCUAUCUUGUUAAUGAACAUGUACUUGUAAAGUUUCUGCUGAUGCUGCUCUUAUGUUAAAUAGUAUUCGGAAUCUUGUAUCCCUAUGCAAAUUUUGCUGUGUGAAAUGCUAGCAAUCUGCUUUACAAAAUCAA